UUAUAUAUUAAUUAAAUAAAUAAAUACUAAAAAUAAUACUAAAAAGAUAGAUAUACAUAACCCCCACACACAAACACAUACACAUGUGUAAAUAUUGUUGCAUGUGUAUGUGUUGGCUUUUAUAAUGCAACAAUAUCAAGUGCAACAAGAGCAAAAACUUAAACUGCUGCCACAACAAGAACAACAAUGGCUUUAUUAACCAGCUAAUAGUAUGUGUGUGAAAGCGUGUUUGUCUGUCCAUCAAUCAAUCGAUCAAUCAACCAGAACAACUACAACCAACAAAAAACAACAACAUAUUUAGUGCUAUACAAAUGCUGUUAACUGUUGCUGCAACUUAGCUUUCCAAAUGUAUCAAUAAAAAUAAUUGUAAUGCUUAGUAGUCUAUAACUAACUAACACAUCGGCAACAUUUUUUUAUAUAAAACAAACAUACAUACAUACUUAUUAUUAAUAUUUAAUAUUAUUAUUAAUAACAACAACCAUUAUAUAAUCCUUGAGAUAAACAGCAACAACUGUAAAAAAAUUAAAUCAAGAAAAAUCAUCGCAUCAUAGUAUAUCAUCAUACGCUCUACGCUGUCGUCUUUUGUAACAAGCACUCAAAAAGGACUCAAAGAGAAAAUCAUUUAAUUAAUUUUAUUAAAAUAUUAAUUAAAAAAAAGCAAAUACGCCAUCAUAACAUACUCUUAUAUAUAGCGAAUAAAAAAAAAACAAAACAUACACACACUUAAACGUAAGCUAUGAAUUUAAUAAAUAUGGAUUCAGAAAAUCGGGUUGUUUUAAAUGUUGGCGGCAUUAGACAUGAGACAUAUAAGGCAACAUUAAAGAAAAUCCCAGCCACUAGACUGUCAAAAUUAACGGAAGCGUUGGCCAACUAUGAUCCGCUACUAAAUGAAUAUUUUUUUGAUCGACAUCCGGGAGUUUUUGCCCAGGUGUUGAAUUAUUAUAGAACUGGUAAACUUCAUUAUCCUACGGAUGUAUGUGGACCACUAUUUGAAGAAGAAUUGGAAUUUUGGGGUUUAGAUUCAAAUCAAGUUGAACCCUGUUGUUGGAUGACUUACACCCAGCAUCGUGACACUCAAGAAACUCUUGCCGUACUAGAUCGUUUAGAUUUAGAUACAGAAAAACCGUCCGAAGAGGAAUUAGCUCGAAAAUUUGGUUUCGAAGAAGACUAUUAUAAGGGAACACUAUCAUGGUGGCAGGAAAUAAAACCACGAAUAUGGUCACUAUUCGAUGAGCCAUAUAGUUCAAAUGCCGCAAAAAUAAUUGGUGUUGUAUCGGUGUUCUUUAUAUGCAUUUCAAUAUUAUCAUUCUGUUUGAAAACCCACCCGGAUAUGAGAGUACCGUAUAUUGUGAAUAAAACGGUAGUCACAUCAAAUGGCAGUUCCUCCUGGUAUUUGGAUAAACCUCAGACAAAUGCCCACAUAGCUUUUUUCUAUAUUGAAUGUGUUUGUAAUGCCUGGUUUACGUUUGAAAUACUAGUCCGUUUUAUAUCAUCACCGAAUAAGUGUGACUUUAUUAAAUCUUCAGUGAAUAUCAUUGAUUACAUUGCCACCCUCAGUUUUUACAUAGAUUUGGUAUUACAACGUUUUGCUUCACAUUUGGAGAAUGCCGAUAUAUUGGAAUUCUUCUCCAUUAUACGCAUCAUGCGACUGUUUAAACUGACGCGACAUUCGUCGGGUCUUAAAAUUCUUAUACAAACAUUUAGAGCCUCUGCCAAGGAGUUGACAUUACUGGUAUUUUUCCUGGUGCUGGGUAUUGUAAUUUUCGCGAGUCUAGUCUACUAUGCGGAACGAAUACAAACGAAUCCCCACAAUGAUUUCAAUAGCAUACCGUUGGGUUUAUGGUGGGCCCUAGUAACAAUGACCACAGUGGGUUAUGGCGAUAUGGUGCCGAAAACCUAUAUAGGCAUGUUUGUGGGUGCAUUAUGUGCUCUAGCCGGUGUGCUAACCAUUGCACUGCCAGUGCCCGUUAUUGUUAGCAACUUUGCCAUGUACUAUUCGCAUACACAGGCACGAGCCAAACUGCCAAAGAAACGUAGACGUGUGCUUCCGGUCGAACAGCCCCGUCCACCCAGGCUGCCAGGUCAAGCAGGAGGUGUAAGCGGUUGUGGUACACCCGGUUCUGGACCUAACUCCGGCCCCAUGGGAUCUGGUACCGGUCCUAGACGUAUGAAUAAUAAAACCAAAGACUUAGUUAGUCCAAAAUCGGGUCCCAUUGGUGCCAGUAUUGUUGCCAUGAGUCCACGCACUAUGCUCGAUUUAAAUCCCGCCUUGGCCAUGGGCAAACCAACAUUUGAAUCUCGCGGACCACCCAUAACAUCGAAAGACUUUAAAGAUACCGAUAAACAUACAACGGAUGCAGCCAAGAAAAACUUUUUAUAGAGUCAUUGAAGUAAUACUUAUAUAGAAAAAUAAUAAAAACGAUUGUUUUUUACAACAACAACAUCAUGAUGUUCAAUAUUCAAAAUAUAACCCAACUUUCUGUCUUCAACACACUGUAACUAACUAUAUAAUAACUAUUUUUGUCUCUCUCUCUCUAUUUCAAUAACUCUCUUUUAAAUUAUGAUUAGCCAAGAAAAACCAAAAAACAAAAUCUAUAAACAAAAUUUAAAUUUAUCCUUCUAAAGAACAAAAACUCGGCUUUAUGAGUAAAAAAUAAAAAUCUCAAAAAGAAAAUAGUAUAAAAUUAAAUGAAAAAAACCCUUAAGCCUAAAAAAUCCUUUAAAAAUUUUUGAAAAAAAAAAAAUAUUUAUGUAUGUAUGUAUAUUUAUUUAUAUAAAUAUGUAGAUAAUUUAUUAUAAUUAUUAACUAAAACAACUACAAAUAUUGAAAAUCUCUAAUCUAUUAUCAUUCCAAACCAAAGUUAAAGUUUAUUGAAUUUCUUAUUAUUUUCCACUUUGUUUUUUAAAUUUUCCUUAAACUUAUGGUUUCCUUUAACACUGUCCUUUAACGGUUUGCCCGUAAAUUAGUAAACAAAACAUACAUACAGAUUUGAAACUCAAUAUCAAGGAUUCUAUAUUAUGGAAUUGAAUUUAAUAUGAAAUCCUUAGCAAUAUUUAUAUCCUUAACAUAUCAACAAUAACUAAUAAACAAAAAAACUAUGUAUUUUCUAAUUUAGUUUCUAACACAUUUUUUUUACUAAAAAAAACAUGAAAAAGUAACAAUAUUUAAGGAAAAAUACAAACUAUAAAAUGAAAAUGUUUUCAAAAUUAGUUUCAAAUAAUUUUCGUUUUUCAUUUCACCUUUUAGUAGAGUAAUUAGUUUAAUUUAUG